AUGAACAAGCAAUCGUUUCUCGGAACCUGGGUGGCCCUUUUGGUGGUAACUGCGUGGCAGCGAGCUCACGCUACGGCGAGUCUGUAUCCGUUCUGGCAGAAUGACACGAAAACGCCCAAAGUCGAUGAUGGAAGUUCUCCUGAGAUCAAGAUCUCUGUCCCAUUCAUCUUUUUUGGAGCACCGUACAGAAGCAUUUAUGUCAACAACAACGGCGUGAUUUCCUUCAACGCCCUCGUCAGCCAGUUCACACCGGAAGCCUUCCCCCUGACAGAUGGCCGGGCCUUUGUCGCGCCCUUCUGGGCAGACGUGCACAACGGCAUCCGGGGAGAAAUCUACUACAGGGAGAGCACGGACCCCGAGCUGCUGAGAAGAGCCUCCAAAGACAUCCGCAAGCACUUCAGAGACAUGUCCUCUUUCUCCGCCAUCUGGAUCUUCAUCGUCACCUGGGAGGAAGUCACUUUCUAUGGAGGAAGCAGCACGACUCCGGUGAACACUUUCCAAGCUGUCCUGAUCACAGACGGAGUGUCGUCUUUUGCCAUAUUUAACUACCAUGAAAUCAGCUGGACCACGGGGACAGCCAGUGGAGGAGACCCCCUGACCGGUCUCGGUGGGGUGAUGGCCCAGGCUGGCUUCAAUGGUGGAAAUAUCACCAACUUCUUCAGCAUCCCAGGCUCCAGAACGCCAGACAUAGUCAAUAUUGAAGAAACAACCAAUGUUAACAUCCCCGGGCGCUGGGCUUUCAAAAUAGAUGGCAGAGAAAUAGAUCCAGCCAAUGGCUGCAGCCUGAGAGGACAUUUUCUCCGUCAAGGGGAGAUCUUCUGGGACAACGCCAACUGCACCACCAAGUGCCGCUGCCUGGACUUCAGCAACGAGAUCUUCUGCCAGGAGAUGGCUUGCGGCUCCUUUGAAGCCUGCGAGCCGAAAACCAAGUUCUUCCAGUGCGUGCCGGUGGAGAGCAGCACCUGCGUGGUGUUCGGAGAUCCACAUUACCACACCUUCGACGGCUUCCUCUUUCACUUCCAGGGUUCCUGCUCCUACCUCCUUGCCAGGCAGUGCUGGCCAGGCUCCCAGCUGCCCUACUUCAACGUGGAGGCCAAGAAUGAGAACCGAGGCGGCUCCUCCGUCUCCUGGCUGAGGGAUAUUUUUGUGGAGGUCUACUCGCACAAGAUCGUCCUCCCCAAGGGCAGCUUUGGGAAAGCAAAGGUGGAUGACUUGGUGGUGUCCCUACCCAUCUCUCUGGAGCUGGGUGCGAUAAAAGUCUACCAAAGUGGCUUGUCCACAGCCCUGGAGACUGACUUUGGCCUGCUGGUGACCUAUGACGGACAACACUACGCUUCCGUCUCCGUUCCAGGCACGUACAUCAAUGCCACGUGCGGUCUAUGCGGGAAUUACAAUAAAGACCCGGAGGACGAUACCCUCCGCUCAGACGGCAGGUUGGCCGCAUCCGUGCCGGACCUGGGAGAGAGCUGGCGAGUGCCGCACCCGGAGCGGAAAUGCUCGGCCGGCUGCUCGGAGAACUGCAGCCUCUGCGACGAUGCCACCGAGUCUCUCUAUUUCACCUCUGAAUACUGCGGCUUCAUCAACAAAAGCGGCGGGCCGCUGUGGGAGUGCGGCGCCGUUGUGGAUCCCACCGCCUUCAUCCACAGCUGCGUCUAUGACCUCUGCAGCGCACGGGACAACGGCACCGGCCUCUGCCAAGCCAUCCAGGCGUACGCUGCGGUGUGCCAGGCCCUGGGCAUCUCGGUGGGAGAGUGGCGCACCCAGACGGGAUGCGCGACGGCAGUGCGGUGCCCGGAGCGCAGCCGCUAUUCGGUGUGUGCCAGCAGCUGCCCCGCCACGUGUUCAGACCUCACGGCCCCGCUGGCCUGCACCUCCCCGUGCGCCGAGGGCUGCGAGUGCGACGAGGGCCACGUCCUCAGCACGGACCGCUGCGUCCCUGUCCGGGAGUGCGGCUGCGAUGUGGACGGCCAGUACUACGCCAUCGGACAGUCUUUCUGGGCGGCGGCGGACUGCACGGUGGAGUGCCAGUGCGAGGACGGCGGGGAGGCCAGGUGCUUUAACGCCACCUGUCCCGAGGGGGAAGUCUGCGCCAUCGAGAAUGGCUACCGGGGCUGCUAUCCCAAACGGGAGAGCCUGUGUUUGGUAGGGCAGAACCAGGUGCUGCAGACGUUUGACGGUGUCGCCUUCGCCUAUCCACUGGAGCACUCCUACACGCUGCUCAAAACCUGCCCGGAGAGACCGGACUUCAUCGAGGUGGACAUCAGCCAAAAGAAGCCCGGUUCCGCUCCCAACGGGCCACGUGUCGUGCGGAUCCAGGUGCUUGGCCAAGAGGUGAAGAUUGGAGGCGGCAGCCCGUCGGAGAUCAAGGUGAAUGGUUAUGAUGUGGAGCUGCCCUAUUUCCACCCUUCCGGCCGCCUGGAAAUUUACCGUAGCGACAACGGCACCGUGAUGGUGUCAGAGGGGCUCGUGGCUAUCGGCUACUACGAUUUGGGCCUCCUGGAGAUCCGCCUUUCCACCGCCUACUUCAACUGUACCGGGGGCCUGUGCGGCCUCUUUAACGGCAACGCCGGCGAUGAAUUCUGCCUGCCCAAGGGCAAGUGCACGGACAACCUGGAGCUCUUCCUGGAGAGCUGGACCACGUUCGAUGAGAUCUGCAACGGGGAGUGCGGGGACCUCCUCAAGGCUUGCAACAACGACUCGGAGCUGCUCAAGUCCUACAGGAGCCGCUCCAACUGCGGCAUCAUCAACGACCCCACCAACAGCUCCUUUCUGGAGUGCCACAGCGUGGUCAACGUCUCGGCCUACUACAGGACGUGCCUCUUCCGUCUGUGCCAGAGCGGGGGCAACCGCUCGGAGCUGUGCGACUCGGUGGCGCGCUACGCCGGCGCCUGCAAGAACGCCGAGGUGGACGUCGGCCAGUGGAGAAGCCACAGUUUUUGCCCUCUCACCUGCCCGGAGAACAGCCAUUUUGAGGAGUGCAUGAGCUGCGUGGAGACCUGCGAGACCCUGGCCACGGGCCCCGUCUGCACGGACGCCUGCACAGAGGGCUGCCAGUGCGACGAGGGCUUCGCCCUCCGUGGCGCCCGCUGCGUUCCCCGCGGCGAGUGCGGCUGCAAUUUCGAGGGGCGCCAGCUGGCCACCAACCAGACCUUUUGGAUGGACAUCGCCUGCCACUUCCUAUGCUACUGCAACGGCUCUGACAACAGCGUGUACUGUGAGAACGUCUCCUGUAAGGACGAUGAGUACUGCCUGGAGGAGAACGGCCUUUACUACUGCCACGCCCGCACUGACGCCUCCUGCAUUGUUUCCGGCUACGGACACUACUUGACUUUUGACGGCUACUCUUUCGACUUCCAGAGCAGCUGCGCGUUGGUGUUGUGCACCACGAUCACCCGGCCGAGGGCGGAGCGCUCGGACACUUUCCCGGCAUUCACCGUCACGGCCAAGAACGAGGAUCGGGACACCUCUCUGGCCCUGUGGGUGAAACAAGUGGAAGUGGAGGUCUUCAAUUACAACAUCGUCAUCCACCGGGCCUACAAGUAUACCGUGCUGAUCAACAAUGAGCGUCUCUAUCUGCCCCUGAAGCUGGGCCAGGGCAAAGUGAACAUCUUUGCCUUUGGCUUUCACAUCGUGGUCGAGACGGACUUUGGGCUGAAGGUGGUGUACGACUGGAAGACCUUCCUCUCCGUCACUGUGCCACGCAGUUUUCAG